UGUUACUCAGGCCGCCGCUCUCUCUUCGGCCCAGUUACUUGUUACAGAAUCAUAUAAAUGUUACCACAGAAAUCUAGAUCACAGAAAAUGUGUUCACGUGAUUAAGUUGAGUGGCUUAUUGGUGCAUUUUGAUAGAAACAAAUCUAAUAUUCUUGUGAACAGUUGCGUUCACGUUAUUUUACAAGAGAUAUCGUGAAUAUUAUUGACGUGGGGUCGGUGAUGAGUCAGUGAAGGUGCAUUAAAUGGAACGUGAGCCUCGGCAAAGCUUCGGUCUCAUGACGCGGCCGUCAUGACCUGAUCUCCGACGCAGCAGCAGCCCCUGGUCAUGAACAGCACGUGUCGUGUCCGUGUAAUGGCGCGGGUUUGAAGAUGUGUUCCUGCCUGUGGGCGGGGCUGGUGGAGGCGGCCCAGUACCUGCUGUGGGAGGCGGCGGCGCUGGUGCGGCCACCGGCGCACGUGGUGCUGGUGGGCCUCGACUCGUCGGGCAAGACCACAGCGCUGUUCCGGCUGCGCUACGGACAGUACGUGAACGCCGUGCCCACCGUGGGCUUCAACACGGAGAAGGUGCGCGCGGGCGGCGCCAACUGGCUCAUCUGGGACGUAGGCGGCGCGGAGCGAGUGCGCCCGCUGUGGCGUUCGUACACGAGGGCCACUGACGCCCUCAUCUUCGUGGUGGACUCCAGCACCAGCGAGGAGCGGCUGGAGGAGACGCGGGUGGAGCUGCAGCGCCUCACCAAGCAGCAGACGGCGCAGUGCGUGGCGCUGAACCGGCCUCGCCCGCCGCUGCUCGUGCUGGCCAACAAGCAGGACCUGCCGGGGGCGCGGGAGCCACAGCACCUGGCCAAGGCGAUGGGGCUGCCCGAGCUACCCGAUUCGCAGCCGUGGGCGGUGGCGCCGGCCUGCGCGGUCACCGGCGAAGGCCUGGACGAGGCCAUGGCCACCCUGCACCAGCUCGUCCUCAAGUCCCGGCAGAGCAGACCGCGGUAGACCCCAAGCGGUCUGUGCGCAGGCCGGGGACCCUCGCCCAGGACAGCUAGGGAAGGUCUUUCGCCGACGCCCUUGCAGGUCAGGACUUCGAGCAGGCGAAGACCCCCGAGGGCAACUCAAGAAAGUGAGAUCACGAUACAGCGCUUGUCGGUGAUGCGGCUCGACCCUGUGGCCGCUUCUCACGGGCCAAAAAUCGGAUGAUCUUGCAAAUUGCAACUUCCUGCCAGCACGCAAGUGCCGCCAUAAUGAUUGCAUAGAUGAAACCGCGGUAGUCUUGCAGCGCAAACGAUCUGCUGACUUGCAUCCUGCCAUGCUCUUGAGAGAAAAGUCCCCCGCAAGCUGACUAGGACCUCUAAAACUUAUAAGCAGUGACAACAGCAUUCCCCAGCGAUUCCAGCGGGACAGCAGCGCGCAAACCACGCCAUCAGUGGGUCAUCAACACAGGGAUGAUGGCAGCACCAAGGCCGCUCCCCGGCGGGGCUCCGGCGUUCCCCAGGGCUCCAGCCUGAUACUCUCGCCUCCGUUACGUCUCGUUCCGAGUUCCACGCCGGGGGAAAAGACGUUCCCUGGCGGAGAUGUCAAGCGGGACCGUCUCUGUUAGAAGAUGAGAUUUCUUAGCAUCGCGCCAGAAGCACUAACGGCUCAAGGUUAAUCACCGUAGAGCAGCUGUUGUGCAACCCGUGGCUCCGUAGUAAUCGUGGGAAAGGUACUCGGGGCGAGUACCGCGGCGCCCAUCCAUGUCGCUUUGUGAGGCGCCUCGUGCAGGGCUUGAGUGACAGGUUCAUGGUGUUAUAUCCGCUUUAGGACAUUGUUCUUCCCGAGGUCCCAGACCGCCUGCCUCCGUGCUUGAAUCAAGUCGGAGAACAUUUGUGGCUCGUAAUGUUAUUUUCCCCUAAGGUAUCUCUUAUACUGAAGUGCAGUUGCUUCGCUCGCACAGGAACAAAAAAAGAAAAAAACUGUGCUUAAUGAAAACGCCUUUAUUAAGUAUUUUUAACCUAGUCGUACCUACACCACAAGCAAACUCUCUGUGCAUGUAGUCUGACAAGGUUUACCGUCUUAGGCUACUUGCUACUGUGAGAUAAGUAGCCGUUUGUAACUAGAGGACAGGCUGCUCAUGAUAAUACGAGCUGGACUUCUUCAAUUACAAGAACAAUUCUAGAUUACAGUUAUAGAAUACACGGACUUUAUUAGUACGAUAUCAAACCAUUUGCGAAGUACGCUCUCGGAACACGCAUUCCAUCGUACGAAGUGUGCAAUAGACGCAUCAAUAAAGCCGCAAAGAGCCUCUGUCAGAGCCUCUCCGACGAUAUAAGCCCGCGAGUUUUACCACUUCUCGGGCUCAUCGAUUUAUCAGCCGUACUACCACAACUCCGCGUGCCUUGUUCAGAAUCUCAGAAUCGGUGCUAGCACGGGGCUACGCGAGCGGCAUCGUCGUUACGAGGACACACCAGCUGUACAUCACCUCCCAGACGCUCCUACCUGCGGUCUGCUAAUUGCGGGGCCGAAGCUUUAUGACGGAGGAGUACGUUCUCCGCGCCGACGGUCCUGCUCCGAGACGGAUGGCGGGCGAGAGGGAUCGCGGCGCCGCCCCCCCGAGAGAGGCGCGGACCGAGGACUACAUUGGAUCUCUCUUUGUCUUUCUUUUAUUUGUCUUUUAUCUUUCUUUCUUUCUCUCUCUCUCUCUCUCUCUCUCUCUCUCUCUCUCUCUCUCUCUCUCUCUCUCUCUCUCUCUCUCUCUCUCUCUCUCUCUCUCUCUCUCUCUCUGCAUAUACGCGGAUCUUCACAAAGUUCACAGGGAAGACUAUACAUAUCCUACUAUAAUUUAUUCGUGUAUACGUUUUAACGAACUCCCUCAAAUGACAGCUUUGUGUGGUAUAACGAGAGUUUAUCAACCAACUUGUGUGGCAUACAUCGGAUUUCGCUUUUUCUAUAUUGAUUCUUAAAGAUAAAGAAACACAGAAAUAUAGGCUGCUGUUUUCCAUCUGCCACAGUGGCUUUUCGAAUUCUGAUAAAUAUUACUGGAAUAUAAAGCUGGUUAUAAAUGUAUGCAUAGAGAGUUGUUAUUUUUUUUGGUGAAAUUGCUACUUGUGUGUUGCUUUCAUUUGUAAACUGAAAAGUAAUGUUUUGAUGUAUUGUAUAUUUGCUGUACCAUAAACCAUUUUGUAAAUUUGCCGUAUUUAUGCCGGUAAAUUGAAUGAUGUUGACAGUAUUACUUGAGCAUAUGUUUUUAACUGUAUUUGAAGUAUUUGUAUUAUUAUUAUUAUUUUGUAUGUUGUCAAUUGUUCUAAACUAAAAGGCUCUACUCUCACGUACUACGAC